AAGCCGCACAACGCGAUUUUCGAGCACAGUUCGAGCUCAGACGUUGCCGAGAUAUAGCCGCAGCUACAAUCCCCAGAUCGGGAGACUCGAAUCGGUGAAAGAAAGUGGAGAGUGAAAUUUUGUGUGCGCUGCAAACCGCUGAGACGAAUGCCGAUGACAAAACAAACGUGAAGCGAAACGGUUCGAAAUCGAAGUAAAAAAGUGCGGCGGCCAAAAGUGCCAAUUGCAAGUGGCCAAGUGAAGAAAGUUGAUGUGAGGAGGAGACAGCGCUUAAACAUAGUUUAAAAAUAAAAUACAACGAGGACGUCAUCGGUAAAAGUGAAUUUUGAUCUCAAUUAGCCGCCCAGCUAAUCGAAGGCCCAAUUUGAGCUAAAUCCACGAAAAACGCAGGAGCACGAAAUGAAGGUCUUCAGCCUAAGUCUUCUGCUGGUGGCCGCCCUGCCUCUGAUGUGCCACGCCCUCCCAGCUAGCGAUAAGUCCCUUUCCCUGGAAGACACAGAUCUGGACAAUGAGCCGGGCGAGAGUGUGAAGGAGUCGCAGGUGCAAAAGCGGUCCGGCAGCUUCGACUAUGUGGCGCACCUGAAGUCCGGCCUGCUGUCCGGCAUUGGCCAGGCCUCCGCCUCAAUCGCCUCUGGCAGUUCCGGCGGAAGCAGCGGUGGCGGGGACAGCUACAAGUCCCACGAGAUUGUGGUCCAUGGCAACUCGGUGGACUACGACCCCUGGUCGUUCAAGAAGUCCGUGCUGAACACCAUCUUCCAGGCGGUCAAGGCCAUCACCGGCGGGGUCACCGCACUCAAGGGUCAGCUGAUCAAGGGCAGCGGAUACGCGCUGAGUGCGGGCGGCAACCUGGUGGCCGCCGGCGGAGACAAGGUCACCGACGUGGGCAAGUCCAUCAUCAACUCGGCGCACAUCAACUCGCACACCUACGCCACUAGUCACUCCUCCUCCGGCGGCGGUCUGUUCGCCAAGCUGACCGCCUUGUCGGGCGGCUCCUCCGGCGGCAGCAGUGUCCACAAGACCGUCUCCGCUCCUGGACCCGUCGUGCAUCACGAGACCAUCACCACGUACGAGAUACCCACCGGCCACGCCAGCUACGGUCCGCCAUCGAAGCCCCCCUCCUACAGCAGCGCCACCCACCAGUACCUCCCGCCGGUGGGCGGGGCCAGCUACAGCGGCGGGGCGCCCUUCAGCGUGAGCCACCCGGCGGCCUUCGAGUCGCCGCCAAGCAAUUACCUGCCAUCGGCCUAUGGACAAGAUGCGAUCAGCGCAAAUAGCAAUGACUUUAACAUCUAUGGCCACUCCAAGCUGUCGGAUGAGGAAGCCCGAAAGGCGGCGGCGCAGCUCCAGGAGAUCCUCAGCUUGCUGCCCAACGGGAAAACUGAGUACACAGCCUCCAAGACAGUGGCUUUGGAUACAGGUUUGCCAACGGGCACGGGCUUGGAACAGGCUGAGGUUUAUAACAGCUAUGGCAUACCGCUGCCCAGUAACCUAGGCACCUUGGAGUCCCUAUCGCACACAGAGUCCAUAACAGCUGCCUAUAAUCCGGCCUCAAAGAAUCCGGCGGAUGUGUACCACCAGAUGGCCAAGCGCCCGUCCGCCGAGGAGCUCUACAUCCAGAAGCAUCCCAACGAGGGUUACGACUACUCGCCACCCGCAGCUGCGGCCCCGCCACCGCAGGCUGCUGCGGAUUACCGGGUGGAGAACUACCACGCCACCAAGACUAAUGCCCUCAAGGAUCUGUCGCCCAUUAUAGCCGCCUUGGAGGUGGCCAAACGGAAGGGAAACAGCCACGGCAGCGGGCCAGUCUACUCCAUUGAGAAGCAGGUGCACAAGCAGUCGCCCCACUUCCAGUACCUGCCGCCAGUGGUGCAGAAGUCCAAGUACGUGUACAGUGCACCACCGCACCACCAAGGACACAGCGGUGGCUACAAGGUGCGCCGCCAGGUGGCGGGCGGCAAGCACACGAAGCGCGUCUUCCGGCCGCAGGACUACGAGAUACAGGAUCCACUGAUGUUCAACCGCGUGCUGGAGAUCUAAUGGGAUGGCCCCGGUUCUUAGCUUAUAGUCCUCUAAGUCAUGUGCAGCAUUUACCUAUAAAUUAUUUAUGUUCUCGUUAUCGCAAACGCAA